AUGAAUGACAGGCUUUCGUUGACAAGUCUGUUUCCCAGGUGUUUGACCACAUGUUUGUAUAUUUGGACUGCAUACAUAACAUUGACAAGGAUUCAUCAAAUACCUAGGUGGUUUCUCGCGCUAACAAUAGUUCCGACAUUGGCAGUGGCUCUAUACACUUAUUAUAAGGUUAUUGCUAGAGGUCCCGGUUCUCCUCUAGAUUUCCCUGAUUUGUUAGUCCACGAUUUAAAGGCAGCGGAAAAUGGACUUGAACUUCCUCCGGAGUAUAUGUCAAAAAGGUGUUUGACCUUAAAACAUGAUGGAAGAUUUCGGGUGUGCCAAAUAUGCCAUGUUUGGAAGCCCGAUCGCUGUCAUCAUUGUUCAUCAUGCGAUGUUUGCAUAUUGAAAAUGGAUCAUCAUUGCCCUUGGUUCGCUGAAUGCACUGGUUUUAAGAAUCAAAAAUUUUUUAUUCAAUUCUUAAUGUACACAACAUUAUACGCGUUCUUAGUCCUAAUUUAUACUUACUAUGAGCUUGGGACGUGGUUUAACUCCGGUAGUUUCAACCGUGAAUUGAUAGAUUUUCAUCUAUUAGGGGUGGCCCUAUUGGCGGUUGCUGUUUUCAUUUCUGUUUUAGCAUUUACCUGUUUCAGCAUUUAUCAGGUUUGUAAAAACCAAACUACUAUCGAGGUACACGGAAUGAGAAGGUAUCGAAGGGAUCUUGAAAUCCUCAAUGACAGCUAUGGAACAAAUGAGCAUUUAGAGAAUAUAUUUGACUUGGGUUCUUCAAUGGCCAACUGGCAAGAUAUAAUGGGUACAUCUUGGUUAGAGUGGAUACUUCCUAUUGAGACCUUCAAGUACAAAAAGUCUAAACACACAAAGGAUGAAAAAGGUUUAUAUUUUAAUGUAAGACCUCAAGUACAAGACCGACUGCUAAGUAGUAGAUGUUUAGAAGAUCAAUUACUGAGAAGAGUAACACCAAGACCCUCAUUAGAAGCCGAUAGGGCGUCUGUAGAAAUUAUCGGUGCAAAUUAG